AUGCUCUCAUUGCAACCGAUUUCAAUUCUUAGUGCCGGUGCAGAUGAAGAAAAGGCUGAAACCGCACGACUGUCGUCAUUCAUCGGGGCUAUCGCUAUCGGUGACCUUGUGAAGACUACUUUGGGUCCCAAGGGUAUGGACAAAAUUCUCCUCUCAUCUGGUGACACUGUCGAAGUGACAAAUGAUGGCGCUACUAUACUGAGAUCAAUUGGUGUAGAUAAUCCUGCAGCUAAAAUCCUUGUUGAAAUGAGUAAAGUUCAGGACGACGAGGUUGGCGAUGGAACGACUUCAGUCACUGUACUAGCUGCAGAAUUAUUGCGUGAAGGCGAGCAACUGAUUAAUAGCAAGCUUCAUCCUCAAACUAUUGUUCAGGGGUGGCGUGAGGCUACUAAGUUAGCUAUGUCAGCUCUAGAUUCGGCAGCCUUCCUGUCAGAUAAAUCAGGCUCUCAAUUUCGUGAUCGAUUGAUGAAGAUCGCACAACAUUUUGCAAAGUUAGCUGUGGAUGCUGUUCUUCGGUUGAAGGGUAGUGGGAACCUUGAUGCUAUUCAAAUUAUUCAAAAAUUAGGAGGAACCAUGACAGAUUCUUAUUUGGAUGAAGGAUUUCUUCUGGAUAAACUUCCGGGUGUUAACCAGCCUAAAAGGGUGGAAAAAGCUAAAAUUCUGAUUGCUAACACUUCCAUGGAUGCGGAUAAAAUCAAAGUAUUUGGCAGCAAAAUUCAAGUGGAUGCUAUUUCGAAAGUAGCUGAGCUGGAACUAGCCGAAAAACAGAAAAUGAAAGACAAAGUCGAUAAAAUUUUGAAACACAACUGUUCGGUAUUUAUCAAUAGACAACUAAUAUAUAACUAUCCGGAACAGUUAUUUGCCGAUGCUGGUGUUAUGGCUAUCGAACAUGCAGAUUUCGAAGGUGUAGAACGACUGGCUUUGGUUACUGGCGGUGACAUUGUAUCGACAUUUGACUCUCCUGAGACCACGAAGCUAGGAUACUGUGACUUGAUAGAAGAGGUAACUAUUGGAGAAGAUAAAUUGCUUCGAUUUAGUGGUGUUGCUUUAGGUGAAGCUUGUACAAUCGUUUUACGAGGAGCAACGAAAAGCAUAUUAGCAGAAGCAGAACGUUCUCUUCAUGAUGCACUGUGUGUACUAGCUCUCACGGUUAAGAAUCCUAAAACUGUCUGUGGUGGUGGAGCGAUGGAAAUGUUGAUGGCUGAAGCGGUUGCACAGGGCGCUGCCAAAACACCAGGAAAGGUCUCUUUGGCUAUGGAGUCUUUUGCUCGAGCUCUGAGGCGUUUGCCUUCUAUAAUAGCCGAUAAUGGUGGCUAUGAUAGCGCAGACUUGGUUUCACAGUUGCGAGCUGCUCAUGCUAACGGACAAACUACUAUGGGCUUGGAUAUGAAUAAUGGAACAAUUGCAGAUAUGAAUGACCUUGGUAUUAUUGAAUCAUAUGAUGUAAAACAUCAUUUAUUAACGUCGGCUGCAGAGGCUGCUGAAAUGAUAAUCCGUGUCGAUGAUAUCAUUAAAGCUGCUCCUCGUCGCCGAGCCCUAGGCGAUGCUGAGAAUCUUAACCAAGGUAUCCUUCGUGUACCUGCAAAGGACACACUGUUGAAUGUUCACCAACUACAACAAACGCUCUAA